AGGUAAAAAUUCCUAUUGAUAGUAAUAAUUUCAGUUUCUUUAGACGGAUGGAUUUCGAAAUGGACCUAAUAUCUAAUGGAUUUGGGUCAUGUUUUGGGCUGAUUUCACGACCCAUGAGAGGCAUCCUCAUUUGGGAUUGAAGAACCGACCCGUUUCAGAGUCUCAACGUCGGCGAUUUGCUUCUGAUCUAGUCUCUCCGGCGAAUUCGAUCUCUUUUUUUUCCGGUGAUAUGGGAGAACUGCAGGUGGAAAGGCAUGUUGCGUACAUUUUAACAGUUGAAAAGAGGAAAGAUGAUUUUGAAUCUGUGGUGAUGGAGCAUCUGAGGUUAAAUGGGGCAUACUGGGGAUUGACAACUCUUGAUAUUUUGGGAAAGCUUGAUGCUGUGGAUAAAGAUGAAGUUAUUUCAUGGGUCAUGCAGUGCCAACAUGAAUCCGGUGGAUUUGGUGGUAACAUUGGACAUGAUCCGCAUAUGCUGUAUACACUUAGUGCUAUUCAAGUCUUGGCCCUAUUUGAUAAACUACAUGUUCUUGACAUUGAUAAGGUGUCAAGCUAUAUUGCAGGCCUGCAAAAUGAAGAUGGAUCCUUUUCUGGUGACAUGUGGGGUGAAGUUGACACACGGUUCUCUUACAUUGCAAUCUGUUCUCUAGCAUUGUUGCGCCAGUUGGAUAAAAUUGAUGUUGGAAAAGCAGUGAAAUAUAUUGUAAGUUGCAAGAAUGUGGAUGGUGGAUUUGGAUGCACACCUGGAGCAGAAUCUCAUGCUGGGCAAAUUUUCUGUUGUGUGGGAGCUCUUGCAAUAACUGGUUCUCUGCAUCAUGUUGAUAAGGACCUCCUUGGUUGGUGGUUAUGCGAAAGACAAGUUAAAUCUGGAGGUCUAAAUGGGCGUCCCGAGAAGCUUCCUGAUGUCUGCUACUCUUGGUGGGUUCUUUCCAGCUUAAUCAUGAUUGACAGAGUGCACUGGAUCAACAAGGAGAAGCUUUUAACGUGGUUAGCUAACCUGCGCCUCGAAGCCACGGGAGGGAGGGGAAGACCUAAGCGGAACCAACAGAAGAAUGUAACGGAUGAGCAGCGUUCCUCAGCAACUAGGAAUGCUGUGUUAGAGCUAUUUGUAUCUCCAAAAGGGCUACGAAUUGAAGAACCAGAGGAAAGAUCUAUUUCGAUAAACAUGCAAGCUGGAGAAAACAGAGAUGAAGGAGAUCUAGCUAUGAACAAAGGGAAAAUGAAGGAAGGAAUGAGUACCCCAGCUCCAAUGGUAGUUACUGCUAAAGGAGACGAGACGGGGAGGAAAGAGCAAGGGACUAAGCAGAAAACAAAUGGAACAGUACCAUGCAAUCAAGGUACUGUAGAGAAAACUAAAGAUGAUGGAAAGCAGACUGAGUCUAGGAUCAAAACAUGGGCAAAUGUGGUGGUUGGGAACAAAUUGGCUAUGAAGGGCAUGAAUCUGCAAUUUAUUGCCCCAAUUGUGCAAAAUGGUGAGAAAAUGGUGAAGCUAGAGGCUGAAGAUGUGGAACAGGAGACUGAAAAAUGGAAAAAUGCUAUUGUUAUAUACGUAAUAGGUGAAUCACCCUCUAUUGGAGCUAUGGACAGAUUUGUGAAUUCAAUGGGUAAGUACUCAACGAGACCUCAGAUCUACUACAACAAUGAAGACUAUUUCAUUAUAUGA